CCCAUCUCCAUCUUCGCUGCUUGUGGCGCAACUCACAGCCUCUCCUCACUCUCAUUUCAUCUUGCGAAAAUGGUUCUUUCAAAUGAUUACGAUUUGUUGAACCCGCCAGCAGAUGUUGAAAAGAGGAAGCAUAAGCUCAAACGUCUUGUUCAGUCUCCUAACUCUUUCUUCAUGGAUGUUAAGUGCCAAGGCUGCUUUAACAUAACAACUGUGUUCAGCCAUUCUCAGACGGUGGUUGUUUGCGGAAACUGCCAGACAGUUUUGUGCCAGCCUACUGGUGGUCGUGCUAGACUUACCGAGGGAUGUUGUUUCAGGAGAAAGGGAGAUUAGAGAGAUAGCAUUCGAUUUAUAUUGAAAUGAAUCUUCAUAUGGGAAUUUUGAUGCAGUACUCUAUUUUCAUUUUCACUACCUAGUCUUAAUUAAGAACAAGUGUUUUUGAGUCU